AUGAGGUCCAUGCUUGCAGCCAUGAUCUGUGUUGUGGUCGCGCAGGCGUCCGGUGUCACGGAAGACGUACUUGUGGUAAAUGAAGACUGCCACGGCUGCGACCCUGAGGGACUGUCCCUACUACAGCUGAACAGGCUGCAGGUGGAGCAGCAUGAGAAGCUGGGCAGCUUGUUUGCAGAGCAACGGAACGAGAUUGAUGAGAACCACACCGUUGAGGCCUCCGGCGACUCAAGCCCCAGCUGUCGUUUCAACUGGAAGAGCAAGGGGUUCACAAUGGGAUCUUGCCACCUUUGGUGUGGAGGAGCUGCUUGGUGCUACAACCAAGGGGGCUGCAAUUGUGGCAGGCAGUGUAGUUGGUUGAGCAUCAACGGGUACACCUGCCACUACUGA